UCUGCUUCCUUUAAUGGAAACAUCUACAUGGGUGUGAUGUCAGUGAGACCUGUGUCUCUGUCUUCACAUCUCAGACCUCGUCACUCAUGGAGGGCCGUCACGUUGUUCUGCUCCUGGUCUCAGCAGUGGUUUCCUUGAGUCCUGACUGUGUUUGUGGAUCAGAGUUGAAGGUGACGGUCAGACCAGGAGACAACAUCAUUCUCUACUGUGACUGCAAAACAUCAGCUGGAGUUUACAUCGUGUGGUACAGGAACUGUUCUCAUGAGAACCAGCCUUCACUUGUUCUGAAAGUAAACAAUAGACUGAAACAAAAUCUUCCUCCUAAUUUCCACUCAUUGAAGAACCAGUCCUCUGACUCCUACGACCUGCUGAUCCUGAACAUCACUGAGUCAGAUGAAGGUCUUUACUACUGUGGAACUGAAGAACCAAGACUGGAGGAUAAGGAACACAUAACUUCUAGAUAUAUUUACUACAGCUACAGCAACAUCACAACAAGAAUCAUAUUCAAUACAGAACCGAAUGAGACUCCUCCCCCCAAGAUGCUUCAGGACUGUAAUGAGUGCUGGAUUCUGAUCUUCUGUCUGUGUCCAGUUGUAUCUAUUGUCUCCUCUCUCCUCUCCUCACUUGUGGUCUAUCACUGCUGUAAGAAGGCUGAAGAACAUCCUGUUGAUCAGCAAAGACCUGACACUAGAGGUCAUCCAAGACAGAGCCAGGAUGACGAUGUGUGCUAUGCUGCUGUGGAAAUCCGUCAGAAAUCAAAGAGACCAAAGAAGAAGAAGGAACCGCAGACUUCUGACUUCUGCACCUAUUCUGCUCUUAAUACAUCUAGGAUGUAACAGGCCUAAGACCAGAGGAACAAAACAAUAAUUUUGUAAUGUUGACAUAAACAUCGAACAAAAAGUAAGGACAUUUGUGUUUGGUAGAUUUAUUUCUUUGUUGUAACAAUG